GCGCAGACAAAAGAAGUUAAAGAGCCGCUUAAUAUAUACAUGUUUUUGAAGGCGGGUAGAGGGAAAAAAAUAACAACAGCGAGCGUAGAUGGGCUUGGCUGUGUCGUUAUGGAGCCCCCUUUGAGCAAGAGGAACCCGACACUGAGAUUAGCGGAUUUGGCAGCGGCUCAGCCCCAUCCUCACCAGAACAUGACAGGCUUCCCGGGGCUGGGGAACCACCACGUCCACCCCCACCACGCGGCCCACCUCCACCCGGGGGACGCGGGCGGCGACCCCGGCGGCGCCCUCACGCCGCUCGGACCCGAGCACAUGGCGCAGCCGGCCGCCCUCAAGCUCACGCCCGAGGCGCUCACCGCCGCCGCCGCCGCCUUCGCGCGCCCGCCGCCACCACCGCCGCCGCCGCCGCCGCCGCCGCCGCCGCCACCGCCGCCACCACCGCCGCCGCCUACGCCGCCCGCCGCCGCCCUCCCGGGCUACCCGUCGGGGGGGGCGGCGGGCCGGGACUUCCUCCUGCGGCGGGAGCUGCCCCCCGCCCCCGCCGCCGCCGCCGCCGUUCACGGGGCGCUGGGCGAGCAGCACCCUCCCGCCGGCUCCCCCCACCUCCCGCACCCGCCGCCCCACGGCGUCUUCAUCUCGGCCGCCGGCACCUACGGCGCGGCCGACGGGGCGCACGACGCCUUCCCGCCGCCGCCCGGUGAGCCCGGCCGCCACCCGCCGCUCAACGGGCAGAUGCGCCUGGGGCUGGCGGCCGCCGCCGGGGAGCUGCACGGGCGCGCCGAGGCGCACUACGAGGCCGCCUCCUCCUCCUCCUCCUCCUCCUCCUCCUCCUCCUCCUCCUCCUCCUCCUCUUCCUCGGCGCUGCAAGGCUACGGCUCCGUCAACCUCAACCUGGCGGCGGCGGCCGGUCACGCACCCGCACCACCCCCAUCCCCACCACCACCACCACCACCACCACACCACCACCACCACCACCAUGCCCACGUCGGGGCGGCGGCGGCGGCGGCGGCGGCGGCGGCGGCGGCCGGGGCCUUCCUGCGGUACAUGCGGCAGCCCAUCAAGCAAGAGCUGAUCUGCAAGUGGAUCGACCGGGAGCCGCCUCCUCCGCCCCCGCCGCCGCCGCCGCCGCCGCCGGGCGGGAAGAAGCCUUGCUCCAAAACUUUCAGCACAAUGCAGGAGCUGGUGAGCCAUGUCACCGUGGAGCACGUCGGCGGGCCCGAGCAGAGCAGCCACGUGUGCUACUGGGAGGAGUGUCCCCGCGAAGGCAAGCCCUUCAAAGCGAAAUACAAACUCAUCAACCACAUCCGAGUGCACACGGGAGAGAAGCCCUUCCCCUGCCCCUUCCCCGGCUGCGGGAAGGUCUUCGCCCGCUCCGAAAACCUCAAGAUUCACAAGCGGACUCAUACAGGGGAGAAGCCCUUCAAGUGCGAGUUCGACGGCUGCGAGAGGAAGUUCGCCAACAGCAGCGACCGCAAGAAGCACUCCCACGUCCACACCUCCGACAAGCCCUACUACUGCAAGAUCCGCGGCUGCGACAAGUCCUACACGCACCCCAGCUCCCUGCGGAAGCACAUGAAGAUCCACUGCAAGUCCCCGCCGCCCUCCCCGCCGCCGGGCUCCCAGGGCUACGCGGCGGCGGGGCCCCCCGACGGCCCCCUGCCCCCCGAGGCCGACCCGGCCGCCGAACCCCCCCGCGGCCGCGCCGCCGCCCUCUCCCCGCCGGUCACCAACCUCAGCGAGUGGUACGUCUGCCAGGCCGGGGGGGGUCCCCGCCGGCCCCGCACCCCCUCCAGCCGCGACACCUCCCCGGCCUCCGAGGGGGAUGAGCCCCACAGGACCUCGGGGGGCAGAGCCGCUCCCUAGGGCCGGGCCGAGCCGUGCCGUGGCGUGUGGCCGUGGCGUGGCCGUGGCGUGUCACAUCCGCCUGGCACAGGGGGGAGGCUGGCGUGGAAGUGCCGUCAGGUUUGACUCGCGCUAUUUAUUCCGUGUACGAAACCCUAUGGUGUUUGUACGGUAACUAAUUUAAUUAAAGAGACUCGGACCUUCUUUUUUUUUUUUUUUUUUUUUUUUUUUUCUUUCAUUUUUUCUUUUGGUAAGAAAAACCAUUAAUAACGCCACGCUGGGCCACCUCAGCCACCCGAGCCUCACGCUUUGCAGGGGGACGGUGCCAAGGGAGAUGCCCGGGCCGCAGAGGACUCCCCCCUCCCACCCGGCUCCCACCCUACCCACGCCACGCUGCUCGUGACAAGAGAAGGAGCCGGGGGGAAGGCUGCGAACUGGCAGAGCCCCGCCGUUCCCUGAGGUGGCUCUGAAAUACUUCAGCUGCCACCCCAGCACCUCCUCUUCAGCCUGGGUAAAGCCCCGGGGUUGCAGCGGCCUCCUGACUGUAAAGCAGCACCUGCUGAAGCUCCGGCCAGUCGAGGACAGGUUACGCAUCCCUUGAAAUAAAAUGAAAUAAAUGCAUUUCUUCCCA